GCAUGGACGAAUGUGAGCAGCUAUGCAAUAGAUUGGCGAUAAUGACAGGUGGAAAAUUUAAAUGCUCAGGAUAUGUACCUGACUUAAAGAAACGGUUUGGGACUGGCUUUACAAUUAAAUUGAAAUUAAAGUCUGAAGAAGAUUAUGUGGUAAAUGACGUUACAGAAGCAUUGUGUAAAAUAUUCGAUGAUUGCCAGUUGAGAGAGAACCACGCUGGUAUGGUUACAUAUUUUAUAAAGACUAUUGAUGACCUUAAAUGGUCUGAAGUUUUCACAAGCAUGGAAGCCUUCAGUAGGGAGUGGACGCAUUUUGUUGAAAACUAUUCAGUAAACGAGACAACACUGGAGGAUAUAUUUUUAAAAUUCGAAAACAGCCAAAGAAGGGCAAGUGCUCAGCAAUUACGUCAUUCAAAUGAGAUUGAACCCUAAAUAGUUUAAAUUACUGGGUGUGACUUCUUUAUCUCACUCUAUUUCUCUCGGGUUUAAUGCCCUUCAUAAUUAUCACCGUAUUAUCAUUUUUAAGAGCAAAUAUUCUUUUCGAAAGCAAGUGAUAUGAUGAAAAGUUAUACAUACAUAUACAUAUCGUCGAUGUUUUUGCAAAACCGCCCAUCGACCAGUUGCAAAACCGCCUAA